AUGUCCGGUAACUCCAACGUCGGCUCCCGCCACAUCUACGAGGCCGGUGACCAACGGGUGCCGCCGGAUUCGCAGAAGGGAGGCGAACAAGCAUAUGGAGAAGGACAGAAGAAUUCUCAUCUCGCAAACGAUUCGAACAGCCACAUACUAAAACAACACCCCUUCUCACCUUCAGAAGACAACCGCACAAUCGCCAAUCGACUGGCCGCAUCAGGCCCGCAGAACACACAGUCCAAUGCCUCGGACAACUCCAGUUCCGGCAAGCCCAAGAGCGCCGAGACCCGGGCCGGUGAGGUCGACCCGACGGCGCCGGCGAAGAUGCACGGCAACGAACCCAGUCGCGGUGCGCAGGUGGACAAGGAGCUGCACGACGAGGAGGCGGCCAUUUUGGCGAAGAAGGACGCCGCAAAAGGUGGGAGCAAGAGAGGCGGCACGGGUGACGUAGCCGGGAUGAAGAUGUGA